ACGGGGCGGGCGAACACAGCGCGGUUCUGUUCCGGGCCUCUGGGGCGGCGUAGCCGUAGAGCCGAGGAGCGCAGGGCAGAGCGGCCUGCCAUCGUCAGGGCGCGGGCACAGAGGACUCAUUGAUCGCCAGCGGGGGGGGGACUCAAUACACAAUGAGACCGAGCCGGCGAUCUCACCCCCCUCACCACCGCCCCACCACCACCACCACCACCACGCUCUCCCUCAGCCUGUGCUCUCUGCUGCUGCUCAGCCUCGUCUCGCGUGGCCAGGCGGUCCAGGCGGAGAAUGUGACGGUGCAGGAGGGCGGCACAGCCCAGAUCUCGUGCCGCCUGCAGAACUACGACGGCUCCAUCGUCGUUAUCCAGAACCCACGCAGGCAAACGCUAUUUUUUAACGGCACCCGAGCCCUGAAAGACGACCGUUUCCAGAUGGUGCUGUUCACACCGCGGCUGGUGCGCAUCACUCUGACCAACGUGAGCGUGUUGGACGAGGGCGGCUACUUCUGCCAGCUCUACACGGACGACACGCACCACCAGGUGGCCACGCUGUCCGUGGUGGUGCCCCCAGAGACGCCCAUCAUCGAGGUGAACCAGGAGGCCGUGGAGGGUGGCGAGGCCAAGCUCACCUGCCUGUCCCCGCGCAGCAAACCCCCCGCUUCACUGCGCUGGAUGAGGAACGGCCGCGAGAUACCAGGUGUGGUCUCUCAGCAGGAGAAUGGGAAGACGGUCAGCGUGUCCAACACCAUCACGGUCCCCGUGGAGCGGCGGGACAACGAAGCGGCGGUCAGCUGUGAAGCGUCCCACCCGGCACUGGGCAACCAGAGGAGGGUCCGCCACUACCGCCUCGACGUGCACUUUGCCCCUACUGUCAAAAUUACUCCACCACCGGGAAUCCUUCGAGAGGGAGACUCCCUCACCCUUACCUGCACUGUCACUGGAAACCCACUGCCUCGGAUCAUCCAGUGGUCACGGGUGAACGACACCCUCCCUGAGCGGGCCGAGAUCUUGGGGACUACCCUGGUCAUGUCCCGCCUCAGCCAGUCGCACAACGGAACCUACCUGUGCCAGGCGCACAACAACCACGGCCGCGCCGCCGACCACUACACUCUCCUGGUGUACGAAGCUAGUGGUGUUCAGGCAGAGGGAGGGGAGGAAGGUUCCUCAGCCGAGGUGAGCCUCCCGUGUGGGCCUACCCUUGCGGAGCUAGCAGGGGAAGAUGCAUCCCAGGCUGAACCCGACACCCAGGCUGAACCCGAAAGCGUUUCAGAGGAAUCCUUGGCUGAACUUGAUUCCGCUCUGACGUUGGAGGAACUGGAGAGGGCCCUUCAAGGUAUGGAGUGUGGCAAGGCCCCUGGCCUGGAUGGAAUCCCCAUAGACUUUUAUAAGUCUUUUUGGUCUGAGGUGGGGGAGGAUUUGCUUGCAGUGCUUAACGACAGUCUUGCUAAAGGACUUCUGCCCCGGGAGUCUGGGGGUGACUCUAAAUUGCCUCACCUGUGCGGAGCGCACCUCCACCCGACUGAGAGAGCCGCCCCUCGAGGCAGGAAAACGUCCGGCUUAAAUAGCCGCGUCUCCCAAACAACCGCGGUGCAGGAGGAAAUGCGCAACAUCACGCACCGCCAACAGGUCUGA